UGGAAUGCUCAAAAAUAUGUUCAAAAUGCUGUUCGUGAGUGAAGCCAAACAAACUGUUCAUUCAUUCUCCACACCACAGACGAAAGAGGAGAAAUAUGAAGUUCGUCGUAUUCUUGUUCGCGAUAUUUUUCGCGGUAUCGUCAGCAUUGGAAUGGAAAAAAGUAGAAGAUGCAGUUACGGAAGCCAAAACAAAUGAUUUGUUGGUAUUAUUUGUGAUCACAAAAAGUAAAUGCAAGCCAUGUAAAAAGUUAUCAGCUGAACUCGAAGUUUCUAAAGAAUUUGCUGAGCUAAGCGAAAAGUUUGUUUUGGCCAAAGCAGAGGAUGAGCUACCAAAGGAUUCAAAAUUUGAUUUGGAUGGAAAAUAUGUUCCUAAAAUUGUUUUUAUGACUGGAAAUGGUAUUGUAUUGGAAGAUGUUGUCAAUGCUGAUGCAAAAAGUGCUAAAGCCAAAUAUUUUUACCGAAAAGUACAGCAUGUUCUAAAAAGUAUGCAAAAAGCAUUGGAUAUUUUCAACUUAGAUCAUGGGUUUGGCAAAGAUUAUCUCUGGUAUGAUUGGGAGAAUGGAUUAAAAGCAGCCAAAGAACAAAAUAAACCAAUACUGGUUGUGUUUCACCAAGAUUGGUGUGGAGCUUGUCAACGUUUGAAACCAAAGUUUGCAGAAUCUAGUGAGAUUAAGGAAUUUGCGUCUGAGUUUAUUAUGAUAAAUACAGAUGCAGAGGAAAUAGUAAAGGGUGAUAAAUACAAGGCUGAUGGUGAAUACUAUCCAAAGAUUUUAUUCUUAGAUAACGAUGGAGAACAUUAUUCUCAGGAAUGGAAUCAUGGAACAAAACAUAGUCAUGUUUUGCACUAUUACGGUGAUGGACAGGAAAUUUCUCUCUCGAUGAAAAGAGUUCUUGGAAAUCGUACAUUGGUGUUAGCGAAUGAUAAUGGAUUUGGCAAGCAUAUCAAUUGGGUAAAACACGAUCAAGGUUUAAGAAUUGCAAAAGAACAAGGGAAACCUAUGAUGGUCAUCAUUCACAAGAGUUAUUGUGGAGCUUGCAAAUCAUUAAAACCGAAGAUAGCAAACGAUAAAGAAUUUGCUGAACUUAGUAAAAAAUUUGUCAUGGUUAAUUGCGAGGACGACGAUGAGCCAACUGAUGAUCAGUAUGACCAAGACGGUGCAUACAUUCCAAGAAUAUUUUUCCUUGAUAACUUGGGUGUUGUUGAACCAUCAAUACACAACCCAUUAGAGGAUUACAAAAAAGCAAAAUACGCUUACGGAUCAUCGACUUCUCUUAUUGAGAAUAUGAAGAAGGCAUUAGAAAUGAAACUUGGGGAGAAGGUAUCAGGCGAAACUGCGUCAGCUCAAUCAACGCAAUCAACACAAUCAACACAAUCAACUGAGCCUAUUGAAAAUGAUGGAUUUGGAACAGAAAUCACAUGGUAUCAAUACGAAGAUGGAUUAAGAGAGGCCAAAAAGAGUCAUCAAAUCAUCAUGAUUGUCUUUUACAACAACUACUGUGAAUUCUCAAAGUACAUGAAACAACAAUUCAAGGAUACUACAGAAAUCGUUGAGGCUUCCAAGAACUUUGUUAUGAUUAAGGUUGAGGAAGAGGAAGGAAAAUUAUUGGGCGAUAAAUUCGAUAUAGAUGGUACUUACACCCCUCGAAUAUUUUUCAUGGAUCCUGAUCAGAACAUUCACACUGAAGUGAACAACACUGAGUCACCAUACACUAGUACCAUGUUCUACUACGGUUCACCUAAAGAUAUCAUGGCUGGUAUGAAAAUGGCUUUAGAGAAAAUCAACUUAUCUCUUGGUCGUGGGUUUGGUGAUUUCAUUAAAUGGGUAAAAUACGAGAAAGCGUUAGAAAUAGCCAAAGAAACGAAAACUCCGGUUAUGAUGAUCAUACACAAGACAUGGUGUGGGGCGUGUAGUGCGUUGAAACCAAUUAUACAUCACUCAAGACCAAUCUGGCAGUUGUCACAAUAUUUUGUCAUGACUAAUGUUGAGGAUGAAGAGGAACCAUUAGAUAAUCAAUACUUCAUUGAUGGUGGAUAUUAUCCCAGAAUUUAUUUCUUAGAUUACAAUGGUAACGUCCAUCAUGGUUUGCACAACAGAGAUCCAGCAUUUCUAAAAUACAAAUUUUCAUACGCCAAUGAAGAGCAAUUAUUGCUAAGUAUGAAGUUUGCUAUUGCUGAACUGUCACAGUACGCUGCACCAAAGACAGAAGAUACAUCAUCAGAGCAAGAGUCGACGGACAACGCCAGCGAGAAAAAGUUGACACCGGGAAAGAAAAUAUUAUCAGAGAGUGGUGUUCGUUGGGUAACUAUAGACGAAGCUUUAGUGGAAGCCAAAGCUAGUGGUAAACCGAUCAUGUUUAUCAUUCAUCGAACCACUUGUCCCGCUUGCAAAGCUGUGUUAAAAAUGAUAUCUCGUGACGAAAAUUUCAAAGAAAAGUCAGCACCAUUUAUUCUUGCUGAUAUUGAAGAUGAUGUGAACGAGGAAAAAGCAGAUUCGUAUGAUGUGGAUGGUGGAUAUGUACCCAGAACUUAUUUCUUAAGUCCUGAUGGUCAAAUAUUUAAAGAUGUUUGGAACAAAGGAACCAACUAUUUGGAAAAUAAAUUUUAUUAUUACGAGAUGAAUACACUGUAUCGCUCAAUGGAACGUGUUCUAAAAAUGAUGGAAACUUGGUCACCAGACUCCAAUCAAAGCACAGAGGAAGCCACAAAGAAAAAAGACGAACUCUAAAUAAAUCAACGAUCUUAUUUCUUUAUUAUACUAUUAAUUCUAUGUUCGUUAUAAUUUCUUAUUUAUUAGUUUGUAGAUUUUUUCUUUGUCCGAAAUAAAUCUUUUUACAAUAA